CUCACACACACCUCAGCUGCAAUCACAGAGAUGGAAACAGCAGCAAUCCGGGACUGACUAGCUGUGGUUGCUGCUGCGAAGCUUUUUGAAGGAAACGAACUUCGGUAGAGAAACUGAACUUCCUCCCCUGGUGAAUCGCCUGAGUCACGCAGAGCGUCGUUUCCGGCUCCCUGACUGUCUUAGUAUGUGCAGGGGAAACUCUGCCUCUCCGCAGGUGACGCUCACCAAAAGCUCUCUCAUUGUCUGAAUUUAGAGAGAGGAGAGAGUAUUGAGCUGUACAAUGCGUUCAGACAGCGUUAACAAAACAACCGUGGCAUUUUAAUACGCAGCAAACCAGAUGCUCUCUCACAUUCACCUGGAGAUUUGCUGCAUUUGCGAUGAUAUAAGCGUGACUACCAGACACUGAGCAGCGGUAUCCCUCCUCUCUCUCUUUCUUUCUUUCUCUCUCCCGCUCUCUCUUUUUUAUUUCUCUCUCUCUCUCUUUCUCUCUCGGCGUGUUCACUACAAGUCUACCAGCCAGGUAGCCAUUUCAGCAGUACAAUGGAGCGGCUCAGAUUCAGCACCUUGGACAGCGCUGGAGUUAUACUGUGUUUGUUCGGGAUCCUGGUCCGGUUUACUGUCACGGCCGAGCAGGAGGGAGAGAACCUCUCCGGUCUGUCCACCAACCCGGACAAAGACAUCUUCGUGGUCCGAGAAAACGGGACCACCUGCCUCAUGGUCGAGUUCGCUGUCCGCUUCACGGUCCCCUUCGAUGUCCUCGCGCUCAACGGGAUAGAUCUGAUCACGGAGAAUGCGUAUCUGUCUCUGCCUCGCGGGGCAGACAUAGAGGGGAAAUGCGGGAGCCAGGACUCCCAUAUACACAUCUCGUGGAAUGAUAACGCCUACACACUCCGCAUCUACUUCGUCAAGGAAACCAGUGGCAAGGGAGAUGAUGUGUGGAAGAUUAACAAGGUUCAGUUCGUCUAUGACACCUCGGAGAAAACGCAUUUCCUCAACACAUACAACCCUGGGAAGCACACAGCCAGCUCCCACCAUUUGUCAGCGUUAGAGACCCCUGCUGGCCGGUCAUAUGUCUGCGAGGCUAAGCAGACACUCACCCUCAUCUCCAGUGACCACCAGAAGGGAGUGACUGUUGCCAUAAGUGACGUCCAGAUCCAGCCCUUCGACAUCAACUCAGACUUCAUAUUCAGUGAAGCCUAUAAGUGCAUCACGGACCAGAGAGAACAGCUGGAGGAGACUCUUCCUCUGAUCCUGGGCUUCAUCCUGGGCCUCAUCAUCGUCAUCACACUGUCCGUCUACCAUUUCCACCUCAAACUGACCGCUGCCACCCAGUCUCAGCUGCCCUGCGACCGAUCCAUGUACAAGAACAUGUAAGGAACAGGACAUUAAAAUAGCCACUAUACCACAAAUCUCCAUUGUCAAGAGGAAUAUGUAAGGAAUCAGAUAUUAUCACCACAAUAGCACAACUCCAUGUUCAAGGUAAUAGAACAUUGAAACAAGCACAACAUGAUGUUCAAGACAUUACAACCACUAUACUGUAAAAACAAGACAACAUAACCACUCACCAUUCAAGGAUUGGACAUUAGAACAAUGAUCAUUGACUACAAUUAUAACCACAACGCUCCUGCCUCUCCAAAGUCAAACCAACGUGACUUCCCCUGCUCUGAACUUCACCAUACAUUGGAGAGUAGGUCGGAACUUAAAGGAGGCCUAACUUGCGAUAUGGCUAACUUGAGAUACGCUUUUGCGUAAAACCAUGCAUUGAAGCCAAUUGGAGACUUGCGCAACAUUCGAUUUAUGAACAGAGAUGUUUCAGUUAACAUUCCACCCAUCGGUGUUCUGUUGUUUAUAUAUGUCCAGAAAUCCUGGUUAUGUCAAGAAGUCUGCGCUUUGUCAUUCCCCAUCACUUGUCUCGCUCUGUCUUUUCUGUAAACGCGCCGCAAAAGAAACCUCGCAAGUGGCAGGUCCAGAGUUGAUGUUCGGCUGAAGUUUUUUACUUUCCCAAAUCCAGUUUUUCCUUUUCGUUUUUUAAAUGCAAUCAUAGUUGUGAAAGUGGAGAGUGUUGUGGUGUUUCAACGACCUUCAGAAAUCAUGAAAAAUUAAUAAUUGCAGGCAGUGUAUUUACUUUGGUUUGAUGGAUCCUUUUCCAGAUCCCAUUUUAUGGAAUUAUAUCAAGAAAAAAUAUGAAAUAUGUAAAUAAAACAAAUAAAACUUGUUCUCUAAAAAACGUGCAAAGAAAAUAUUUAAUAAUUUAUCUCAUAUCAGAAUGUCAUAAGAAGAAGUGUAUCAUUGUGAAAGAAAUGUGCAAAGAUAUUUAAGAUUUAAAAAUAAUAAAUGUAAAAUAUUUUCAGAAAGAACUAUGCUGAUGCAAACUUUAAUGUUCACUGAAAUAAAUUUCA